AUGGUGAAUGCCACGGCCGUAGCGACCCUGCUUGGCCGCUACGCGGACUUGUGCGGCGUGCUGGCGCUGUUCCCCAUCCUCAUGCACGUCAAGUUUGGCAGCCUCAUUCGUGCCCAGACCGCCAGGCGGAAGGCCCAGGAGACGCAACCGCCGCCUGGAACUCCAGACGCAACGCCCAAGGACGAGAAGAAGGGCAAACCCAGUGCCAAGGCCAAGGCGGCGCCGGCAGCCGCAGCGGGAGCUGGCGAGCAAGGGCGGACGCCAGCAGACGGCACCGCCGCAGGGGCUGGGGCCGCUGCGGACAAUGUCGAUUCCGAGGAGGCUGCCGAUUGCGUGCCGCCAGCUUGGGUGUUCGUCAUGCUCAUGCUCGCCGAGGUCCUGGCGUCGAUCCAACUGCUGGACCCCAAGGACAAGCAGGCCCGGCGCGCGACAGGCGACAUGCUGCGGGCAAAUCAGAAAGCCGACGGCACCGUGACCAGCCUGGUCAAGGUGGCUGAAAAGUUGUCUGGCAAUUCGGACGUGUACGAGAUGAUCUGCUUCAUCGUAACCUGUGGCGCAUUGCUUGGCCUCGGGGCCACGGUGCAGCUGGGGCUGCAUGUGGAUACGGAUUGGCGGAGCGGCGACCCGGGGAUCGGUUCGGUGAAGUCGAGUGUGAUACGGGCGAUCGGGAGAUCGUUCCGUGCGGUGUCGUCGCCGAGACCAAUUGCCAUAGUGUUGCUCCUUGUGCUUUUUGCGAACUGGGGCGCGGUGGCGGACUCCCCCUUGGCCCGGUUCCUCCAGCGCAGCGGCAUGGUCGACCUCGUCAGGUCUGCGGCGGGCAUCGUGCGGGCCUGGGCCUGCUGCCUUGCUGUGCUCGCCGCGCCCUGGCGCGGCCCGGUGCCGGCCUGGGCCGCCAUGGAGGCUCUCGCAGCCGCCGCCCGGGGCGCGAGGGUCUACGUGCGCGAGCGGGUCCACUGGCAGGUGCUGCUGCAGCUGAGCGCCGCCAGCAGGGCCAAGCACGACGUCAUCAGAGGCGCCCUGUCGCUGGAGCUGCUGGCCUUCCUGGCGCUGCUGCCCUGCGCGGCGUCGCAGGGGCGCUGGCGGCUGCUGCUGCCCGUGCUGCUCGCGCCCGUGCUCGUGGCGCUGCGGGAGGACGAGAUGGUCGACGCAGUAGAGGGGUACUUGGAACAGGCCGCUUCGAAGAUGGUCAUGAGCUUUUGCCUCGUCGCGCUGGGCCUGGUCUUCAUGGGGGGCCUGCCAACGAUGGCUUCCAGUCUGCUGGUCACGCAUGGCCUAAUCACCAUACACAAGCUGGACAAGGUGAAGCCGUGA